AGAAGAGUGGGCCAGGCAGAGAAGAAAUGGAUCGGGUCCGUCAGAGAGUGGGCACAGCAGGUGCUCAAGAAGCUGCGCACGCUGCCGGAGUUCAGAGGGAGGGGCCGGUCCUUCCGCACCAGAGCGGAGGUGUGCGGGUUCCUGCCCUUCCCCAGCUGGAGCACGGGGUCUGCAGGCCCUGCCGCUUGUCCGCCCUGGGAGACAGGACCUGGUGGAGGUGGCAACUCUAUGGCAGGAGGAGGAAGUGGAGCUUCCACCCAAGGGCCGUGCGGCCCCCACCAGGCUGGCACACCGGGAGGCUCCCGAGCCAAGACCCUGCCCGGUACAGCCACAGAGUAACGAGCUCAGCUCCCCAGGACGACCCAGAAGGGAGGCAUAGCCCCGCCCACCUUGGUUGGUGGCUUCCUCUGCAGCAUGUCCACCGCUCUUUCCAGGGACACCUGAGUGGCGUCAGACCCUUCUUCCCAGCAUCCCUCUGUCCAGCCCUCGCUCUCUGUGAGCUGCUCACAUGGGGUCCUCAGGUGGAGCCAAAGCACCUGCCCAGCUGUGCACCUGCCCCCAGGAAGGGAACUGGAACCUGCUCUGCUCGGGAAGCUAGUCCCUUUCCUUCCAGGAUCCAAGCAGAAAGGCGGGGAAGACAUGCUGGACCACAGUUGACUGUGGGUAACUGGAGCUGCAGGAAGCAAAAUGAGGGGCACGAAUGGCAUCUGGAGCCAGACCCUGAAGAUCUCGAGGUGCUGGGGCGGCCGGAUUGGCCCCUGGCCUGCCCUAGCCUCCCUAGCUCUGUGUGAAGGCCGAAGCAGUAAA